AUGACAUUACUUUUCGACGGCCAACUGUUCACACUCUAUGCUGGAAUCAUUCUACUCGUUGCUUGUGUUGUUGGAAAUGGCAUUAAUAUUCUUGUCUUUUCCAGAGUUCGCAUUUAUCGAACAAAUCCUUGUACAUUCUACUUUCUCAUGGGUUCUAUUGACAACAUGUUCUAUGUUUGUUUCAAUCUUCCGAUUCGUAUCUUAAGCGACACUUAUCGAAUUGACACAUAUCGAGGAUCUGAUGUAUGGUGUAAAAUACGACAUCUCCUUCUGGUUGUUCCUUCUCUAAUCUCUGUCACAUUUUCAUGUUUAGCUAUCAUUGAUCAGUUUUUAGUCACAUCAAAAAGUGCCUAUCUUCGUAGUCGNGCUGGAACAGUGAAAAAUCUGAAUCGACAGAUGAUAGAAUAUCUUGUUAGUACAAUUACGACUUUGGGUACAUAUCUAUACUAUGUGGGAAGCUGUUAUACGUUCUUAUUAACAUCGAAUCGAUUUCGUCAACGGGCCAGAAAAAUAGAAUAG